UGUUGAAUUUGAGGAUGUGAAAGAGGUUUUAAGCGCUUAAACAAAUAUCUAGGCACGAUGCACAGAGAAGGUGGAAGAUCUCAUAAAGCUAUCCAGCCCCCGAUUGGUGUGGUUUACAAUUACUUGCAAAAGAAAGCACGCGUAAGGGUUUGGUUGUAUGAACAGUGUAACAUGAGAAUAGAAGGAGUGAUAAUUGGUUUUGACGAGUAUAUGAAUCUGGUGUUGGCUGACGCUUGUGAGAAGCAUAUGAAAUCUGGAGCCAGAAAACCUUUAGGAAGAAUUCUCUUGAAAGGAGAGACGAUCACACUGGUCCAGGUUGCCAACUAAUGCAGUAUUUUUUUAACUGUAUUAUCAUUAAAAACUUGUUACUUUGUAAAUUUACGUGCAUAUAAAUCCAUAUAAUGUCAUGUUUCAU